CCCCAAUGCUUGAGACUCAGAUUACUACAAAGUUGAUUUCGUUUCUUGAUGGCAUGAUCUUGACUUGCAAUUACCACUAACUCACCCUCUCAAAAUGCCGCGAGUAGUUAUAAAGAAUGAAACAGAGGUACCUUUGCACAUUGCAUUGCGUCAUAUAUCGCCAAUCCACUUUAUAAACAACGUCGCUCCAGGUCAAGAAGCUGUGUUUCCCCAUGUUGGUAGAGUCUGGUUUACCGUAGAAGCAAGAAUCGCACGAAGGGCAAAUGUUGAUCAAAACGAUGGAGAAGAGGAAAAAACGGAAGCUCAAGUCGCUGCCUCCGCCUCCUCUUCAUCAAACAAUAAAAAGGACAAAAAACGAGAAAGACGUGAAGCUGUGGAAAAGAAUAAUGAAUAUACAAUGUUACAAGCAGUUGCUGCUCCGGUUGCCGUUUCAGUUGCAGCUUUGAGCUUAGGAGCAGGUGCAAUUUACGUUGGAAUGGCAGCAGGUGCAGCAGGUGGCGUAAGUGCUGCUCUUUCUACAAUCAGUGCACAAGUUAGUACGGCGGCUGCUUCACAAGUUCCAACUGCAAGAAGGCUUUACAAGUAUGCACAAAAAGGUCAAAAAGUUGUUCAAAUCGGACAAGUGUUGGGUAUUGGAGGAGGUGCGUUAUUGGGAAAUAGGGCAGCAAUCGCACAAUCGAAACAACAUGACGAAGUGGUGCGAGCAGAACAGCAUGAUGAAUUAACCGGUCAAGCGGAUAUCGAGAGGAUUAAGAAAGUGAAAGAAGUUUUGAUGGGAUUGAUUGAAAAGAGUGCAUUACGUUCACAUGGAUGGUAUAUGAAGGGAGAUCGAACGAUUCUCAUUAGAGGAGGUCCAAAAGCUGCAGAAGUUGAUCAAUGGUUGAUUAUCGAGACCGACACAGUGACUCCAUUUGAAGUUCUAAGUGAAGAUCCAAACGAUAAACCCGAUCCUGAAGGGCAAGAGAAAGCUUUGAAGGAGGAGCAGCAGCAAUAAUGAAUGUAUUUUGUAGUCAUAAUGAGAUAUCAUAUC